ACAAAAACAACCGUGACGUCGUUGUUUAUAUAAAAGGAAGACGACGUCGAGCUUUUGUUGUUUUCUAACAUUAAAUCCGGAUUUACAGAAACAUGAUGUGGAAGGUCGUCUUGCCCGUUCUUGCGGCCGUUUUCGCCGUCGGGUCUGGAGGAAUGGCGGGGGGGUUUACCGACGUAGAUGUCAAUAACGAAGGGGUCCGUAAUGCCCUCAACUACGCCGUAGUCCAACACAACAGGCGCAGCAACGACAUGUACCUCAGCCAAGUGGCAGAAGUGGUCAAGGCUGAGAGACAGGUGGUUUCUGGCAUGAAGUACAUCAUAACUGUGAAGAUGGCGAAGACCCCCUGCAGAAAAGGCAGUGAAGAUGAAGUGUGUGACAUCCACCAAGACACAGCAAAGGCUCAGCGUUACCAGUGCACAUUUACAGUGUGGAGCCGCCCUUGGCUCAGUGAAAUCCAGAUGCUGGAUCAGACGUGCUAGAAAGAGAACCACGUGGGAAAUCUUUAGUCUUAGCAAUGUUUGCUCUGACCAUACAGAGUCAUAAGGAUUUUCUGAUUUUCUCUGCUACAUUGAAUAACUUUUGAAAGUCAGUGUGUUUCAGACUAACCUUUAGAGUAAAGCAAU